GCGGGGAGCUGGGCCGACAUGAUGUGCCAGUGGGCUGCGAAGCUGACCCCUGGAUUCGUUCAUAUUAAAAGACCAAUUCUCCUUUCACGUGCCAUCAUUGAUUCCUUCAUCUGUUCUUGCUCACCCUCCUUGUAUGUGUGCUGACCAGUGAAACACACAAUCGUAGCCGACCCUACCUCUCAAACUUCACCUCUCACAAUGGUCGCCCUCACAUGGAUCAUCAGCACAGCUGUCGCGGCUACAACCGCGCUGGCGAAUGAUUUCCCCGCCGCCGGAGUGUUCAUCGACCCAAUCCUCGCAAAGCGCCAGGACGAGACCCCAGGCUCCCCAUCAUACAACUGCCACGACAACUGCGGCCAGGCAAUAAUAGAAGCCCGCAACUGCAACGCCACCCUCUGCGACGACCAGGUCUUCCAGAAGAACUACCAGAACUGCCUGCAGUGCGCCGGCGCGGACAACGAGGACAUCUGGCGGUACUACGGCGACAGGCUCGGGGCCGCCGCCGCCGCGUGCGACCUCGGCGCGGAGCCCCUGCCCGGCGAGCAGGACGACGUCGGCCCGGCCGUGGUGGCUAGCAACAGCACCUCUGCCUGCGAGGCUGCCGCCGCCGCCGCCGCCGCCGCCGCCGGGUCUUCAUCCUCCCCGCCGUCUGCAUCUGCAUCUGCCACCGGGGCUUCGGCUUCUGCUACUUCUUCGCCGUCUGAUACGGCUUCCGCCUCGGCUUCUGAUGCUGCUGCGGCGUCCGCAUCUGGGACGGCCUCUUCCGCUGCUAAUCACGGGCUCCCUCCCGCUGCCGGGUUUGCGGCCUAUGGUGCCAUUGCUGUCGGUGCUCUGUACGCGAUGGGACACUGAUCGAAGGGCAUGUUACGGUCUUGCACUUCUCACUUUGCGUGUAGGUAGUUUUCCGUGGUUAUUUCUUUUCUCGUGCACAUAUUUGUAAUGCAAGCAAAUUUGUUUUGGUGAAACAAUGCUCCCGGCCUUUCGCAUAUCAAUACGCUCGAGAAAUUCAUUUCAUUAGGAUCCGGGGUUUUUGUGCAGGGUUGGACACGGGACGACAGCUGGCAAGUAACAUGAUAAGCGGAACCUGGAUGAAGUGACACGAUAAAAGUAUUUUUGAGAGAUCAUAUGUGCUUUCCCUGAUAUUACUAGGUGUCUUCGAGGGGGGUUAAACUCAAAUAUCACGAACUUGAAGUAGCAGAGCAGCAGGGUCAAGUAAUACCAUAAUACACGGACUUACACUGACAA